GCUACAUCAGAUGUCAAAGAGUAAUGCAAAAGAAAUGAGGUGGCUGCAGUGACAGAGGAGGUCCCGGUUAGGUUGCCGGAGAAGAGCAUAGGCUGUGGGCUCUGUGGGGCUGAUUGAGGAAAGCUGCAGCUGCUGUAUUGGUUUAUGGAGAGUGGCCCACUGGUGUGGGCUGGCAAUAGCCAAUACCUCUGGCCAACCAGACUGCCACUAGGGGGCAUUUUCUAAAAGAGCUGAUGGGUGGAGCUGUAAGGGCCUUGUCCAGUAAGUGCACAUGCUCGGCAGCCAAGGAGAAGGUCGGAUCCAGCAAGAGCGAUUCCUGCUGCCUGGGCAGAGGAAAGAAGAAUGCGGGGAAGGAGCGCUGCCAUCCUCUCUAGUUAUUUACAGGGCGUGACUCCAGUGUGCGGGGCUGACACUUUCUAAAAGUGCUGAUAAUAGAGCUGUCACUAUGUGGUGUGGGCGAAGAUUGCUGCGCAGUGCAGCCCAGCAGGACUGGAAUGUCUGGUCUUCUGGGCAGGACUCCACCCUGUAUUUAGCUGUGAUGCUCUGAGACCUUUCCCAGACCUCAGGAGGAGCUCUGUGUAAGCUGGAAGAUGUGCUGUGCUGCUUAACACCCCUGCACAGUCAGUUUCCGCCCUCUGCCCACCUCCUGGACAGCGGCGUUUAAUGCCAAGUCAGGGCAGAGUGAGGGCAGCAGCUUCAGCAGAUGCCACUGAGCAUGCGCCGUCGGUCGGUGCGCCCAUGCUCAGUCCCCGCCAAGCCGCUGACGCAAGGCACGGUGCAGGCUGAGUCAGCGAAGCUGAACCUGCCCACGGGUUCGGCAGCGAGGCGUUCCCGCGGCCGCGGCAUAGACACCGUCUCAGGCGGACCCAGGAUAUUAGGGUUGAGCUUCCUGAGUCAGAUGCUGCUGCCUCCAUUGUGAUCUGGGAGCCUAGGCUGAGCAGCUCCUAUUCCCUGGUGGUUGAGCUGAGCUGGGGAGUGACUAUGAGUAAAGCUUCUUCUGUGCCCAGCCAAGGCUGCAGUGUAACGUUCCAUCCUUCUGGAGGACAGGGAAAGGAAAUGGCUGCCGUGGAGCCAGUGCAGGGGCCGGUGACCUUCGAGGAGGUGGCUGUGUAUUUCACCAAGGAAGAAUGGGCUCUGCUGGACCCCGCUCAGAGAGCCCUCUACAGAGACAUCAUGCAGGAGAACUAUGAGAAUGUGAUCUUGUUGGGGUUUCUAGUCUCCAAACCUGAUGUCAUCUCCCAGCUGGAACGAGGGGAAGAGCUGUGGGCUCCAGAUUUCCAGGGCUCAGAGGAAAGUGAGAUCCUGAGAGGCAGCUGCACAGCAGGUAAUGGGAUGGUGAGUGAGACCAUGGAGCAGAAUCCUCAGCAGGAAGAUGAUGAGCAAAGGGAAUCACAUGGGGUGUUAUUGCAAAGAUGCAAGGGGAGUGUGUCCAGGAGCUGUGAGCAGGGAAAAGUCUGUGAGAGUCAGUACAUGCCAGAGAAGUGGCAGGGAAACCAGCCAAGGCAGAAAGUUGGUAAAUCUGUUAAUUAUCAGGGAACUCACAAAGGCCUCAAGGAAACCACGGCCCAGCAGAAAAUGGUGAUGGGAGAGAGAAAUAACACAUGUGUUGAGUGUGGGAAAAAGCUCAGUAGGCGCUCAAGCCUUAUUAGACAUCUGAGACUCCAUGCAGGAGAGAGCUCCUAUGAAUGUUGUGACUGCGGGAAAACCUUCACUCAAAGUUCACACUUUAUUAAACAUCAGAGGAGCCACAGAGGGGAGAAACCAUACAAAUGCUGUGAGUGUGGGAAAACCUUCACUCGGAGCUCUGUCUUUAUUAACCAUCAAAGAAUCCACACAGGGGAGAAACCUUAUAAAUGCUGUCAGUGCGAGAAAACCUUUGCCCAAAGCUCAAACCUUAUUACACAUCAGAGGAGCCACUCAGGGGAGAAACCCUAUGUAUGCUGUGAGUGUGGGAAAACCUUUGCUUGGAACUCAAACCUUACUAGACAUCAGAGGAUCCACACACAGGAGAAACCCUGCUGUGAAUGUGGGAAAACCUUCACUAAUAGCUCAACCCUUAUUAAACAUCAGAGAAUCCACACAGGGGAGAAACCCUAUGAAUGCUGUGAGUGCCAGAAAACCUUUACUAAGCCCUCAACCCUUAUUGAACAUCAGAGGAUCCAUACAGGGGAGAAACCCUAUGAAUGCUGUGAGUGUGGGAAAACCUUUGCUUGGCGCUCCACCCUUGUUACACAUCAGAGGAUCCACAGAGGGGAGAAACCAUAUGAAUGCUGUGAGUGCGGGAAAACCUUCACUCUGUCUGCAGACCUUAUAAGACAUCAGAGAAUCCACACAGGGGAGAAACCCUAUGAAUGCUGUGAGUGUGGGAAAACCUUCCCUCAGUGCUCAACCCUUACUGAACAUCAGAGGAUCCACACAGGGGAGAAACCCUAUGAAUGCUGUGAGUGUGGGAAAACCUUUGCUUGGAGCUCAAACCUUAUUACACACAGGAGGAUCCACACAGGGGAGAAACCCUAUGAAUGCUGUGAGUGCGGGAAAACCUUCGCUCGGAACUCACACCUUAGUAGACAUCGGAGAAGCCACACUCAAGAGUGACCGUAUGGAUGCUGUGAGUGCAGGAAAACCUUUGCUCGGAGCUUGAACCUUAUUACACAUCAGAGCAUCCAUACAGUGUGGGAAAUUCUUCUGUCAGAACUCAGCCCUUUUUUAUCAUCAGAAAAGCUGCAAGGGAGAUAAACACCUUAAAAUCCUUGUCUAUGGCUGAGGAAAGAUUUUUGUUUUCCUUUUGCUAAUUCCCACAUAGUGAGUUUUAAGGCAGCAUUUGUGACAUUGUGGUUUCUCAGCUCCCCCAACUGAGUUGUCUGCUUUUCCCUUUUGCAGCUCACCCUUUCUUGGAGUGAAUUCCAGGGCUGGAUUUACACCUUACGCACUCGUAGGCUCAGCAUCUUCAGCACCCACCCUGCCUGCAGUUGACCUUCAUGUUGCACAGUUUUAGAGAGGUAAGGCACCCCUAAAAUGCUGGUGCCCCUAGGCAUACUCCUACUGUGCCUAAUUGGAAAUCUGGCCCUGGUGAAUCCCACAGUAUUUUUCAUCAACUCCUUUGUCCUGUGUCAUGGAAGUGUGUGUCCCUCCAACAUGAAUGUCCAUCAGCCCCAGGUGGGGGAACCAGGAGUGACCUCUACCAGGUACGUGGAGGUUAAAUCUACCUGCGCCUUGACUCCACUAGGUUUUCCAUGGAGUUAGCUAGAUUAAGUUAGUGAUCCUGAUGUAAAACCACAACUAUUUUUUCAAUAAAGAAAAUAGCCCAUGUACAGCAGUCAGGGUAAUGUAGCAAAUUUCCUCACCAUCUGACACAACCUCCAUCACUUCUCCUAGUCUAACCAAAUUAAGAACAUCAUGUUUAUAUUUUUCCUCCCACUUCAAAGCAAUUGUUAGUCACCAGGUUCCCCACUAGGGACAAAUUGUCUCAUUCCCAGUUGUUCUCACAUUACACUGGUUUGUGCUGAAAAGCAGUUGGGUUUUUUUCCAUUUUUCUCAUUUUAAAUAUAUUUAAAUAUAACAAAGACGAUCAGGGAUGAGGGGGAAAAGUGUUUUUUCAACCUCUGUGAUACCUGAAGAAGUGGUGAGUUAGAGGGAGUCCGACCUUCUGAAUUAGCCCAGCAACAUUUCCUUUGUUAGAGCCAUGUAUAAUUUAUCUUCUACACCUCUGCUACUUAAUGUAUCAUAUGAUUCAGGGUUCUCAGCCCUCUGCUUGGGGAUCACACUUUGUUUUCUUUGAUCCCAAAACAGUAAUUUAGGGCCUGAGAUGAAAAUGUCACAGACCUGGAAGGGGAAUUUUAAUGGAUCUCAAACUCAGUGAGAUAAUUUGGAGUUUAAAUCCCAGUUUCCAACUGUUGGAAAAGCCUCUUAGAAUCAUAGAACUGGAAGGGAUCUCGAGAGAUCAUCUAGUCCAGACCCCUGCACUCAAGGCAGGACUAAGUAUUAUCUAGACCAUCCCUGGUGUUU